AUGGCGCGGAUAUCAUGUGUACACCUUCCGUAUGUAGCGGUGCUCUACCUAUUAGCGUUCUCUGCUAUGGUCGACGCGCUCCCGCAAAUAAAAAAUCUCAUCGGUGCAUCGCUCGCUCAGAAGCGCACCAUUCGUCGAACCACGGAUGACGGCGCGCGCGCGAGGGGGAUCGACUUCAGCCGGAUAGUGCAGCUGUCGGCGUGGAAGCCGCGCGCGUACCUCUACCGGAACUUCCUCACGGACGACGAGUGCGACCACAUCAUCAAAAUCGCCACACCGCGCCUCCAGCGGUCGUCGGUGGCGGACAACACGGACGGGCACAGCGAGCUGAGCUCGAUCCGCACGAGCAGCGGCAUGUUCAUCGCCGUCGCGGAGGAUGCGGUCAUCGCGCGCAUCGAGGCGCGCAUCGCAGAGUGGACCUUCCUGCCGCUCCCCAACCAGGAGGCCAUGCAGGUGCUACGGUACGAGAAGGGGCAGAAGUACGAGCCGCAUGUGGACUAUUUCCACGACCCCAACAACCGCAAGCGCGGUGGGCACCGGUACGCCACGGUGCUCAUGUACCUCAACAACGUCACCAAAGGAGGGGAGACGGUGUUCCCCACCGCCGACGACCCCUCGCCCAAAGACGACUCGUGGACUGAAUGCGCCAAGGGGAAACUCGCUGUGAAUCCCUCUAAAGGCGACGCGCUACUGUUCUACAGCAUGCAUCCCGACGGCUCGCCCGACCCCUCGUCGCUGCACUACGCGUGCCCCGUGGUGGAGGGGGUCAAGUGGUCCGCGCCCAAGUGGAUCCACGUCGCAGACUUCAGCAAGGCCUACUCGGGCCCGUCGGGCGGCGUGGGCUUGGCUGACAUGGCGGGCGGCGGGCAGGGGGUGCUUUCGGGGUGCAUUGAUGCCAAUGCCUUGUGA